AUGGUAUGCCGCGAGCGGAGCGGCAUAGAGGCUGAUCUGCAAUACCUUGCACGGCUGCCAGAACAGGGCGUCGAACAGCCGUGGCCUCUGCUGGUGUUUCUACACGGAGCUGGCGAGCGUGCGUCUGGCUCCAAAAAAAGGGAUUUGAAACUGCUGAAAAGACACGGGCCGUGGAGUGCGGAUGCUUUCAUGGUAGUCGCGCCGCAAUGUCGGCGUGAGCAGGUGUGGCCAUCGUUAGCGCAGCAAGUCGUCUACUUCACGAAGAGGAUCUGCGCUUCCUUCCCGAUCGAUAGGAAACGGGUGUACAUUACGGGCCUUUCGAUGGGUGCCUUCGGGUGCUUUGCUGCAGCCACAAAAGCGCCUUCCCUUUACGCAGCUUUGGUCGGCCUUGCUGGUGGCUUCUCAACAGAGCUGCCGAGUUCUGCUGGUGUGGGAACUUUGCAGGCCCUUGCAAAGACAGUGCCCAAGCUGGCAGAAGUAAAGCGGAUGAGAAAACUGCCAAUAUGGCUUUUCCACGGUGUGCACGACAAGACGAUCCCAAUUUGCGGUUCUAUUGCGGUCGUCAAGGCGCUGAAGGAGGAUAAGCUGCGUGAAGCCCAAACAAAGCUUACAAAGCUUGAUGCACGGCAUUCAAUUUGGAAGAAAGCCUACGGCCGGAAGGAUCUGUACCGAUGGCUUCUGCAACAGCAGAACGAAGGGAGAGCAAAGACAAUCGCUGGUAUUGCGCUGGAGGGAGGGAUGUUCAGAGUGAGGUUCAGGAAGAACAAGAAAUACUUCGAAGGUGGGAAAUUUCGGGAGCUGCGGGACGCAGAGGCCAGAACAAUCGAGCUCAGGCGCCAAGUGUCGAAGCUCGGGACAUGCGGACCGAAGAAGCGGUCUAGGCGCAACUAG